GAUGAACUUCUGUCAAAGCCUCACCGACUUAUUUUUUUUUAUGUUAUAAGACUCCGCAACCAUGACUGGAUCCAAUAGUGAGUGACCAUGUCCAUCCGCUUGGCCAGAAACCCGCGGACGGAAUUCUUUAUCCUAUAUGAAAGUAUAGCUCAUACGAGAAGGCUUAGCCUCUUGUUGAAAUGGCGGUCGAAGAAGUGAGAAGCUAAAACACUCAUCUUUCCAUAAUCUCAAUCUCAAAGCUGUGGAAAGUCAAUUUGGGCAUGGUGGUUGAAGUGUUCCCUCUCGCACUGCUCAUAUAUGUGCUUUUUCUUUUGAACUGGCUGAGCGCUAAGUUACCUGUUAAAAAAGUUCUCAAUUUCAUUCCAAUUUCAUUCCAAUUUUAGGACAUGUUCUGAUAUUUACCAGCGAAUCAAAGCAUGUGCUUGUGAUGGUUACAUGUAAAAUGCAUAAGCUUUGCUAGCGCUGAUCAAAAGCUCAUCAGAGUGGAUGCUGCUCUGUCUUAACGUUUUUAUAUGGCCCGCAUUAUCGUUUCGAUGCCAACCAGUCUGGGGGGGCUUUUUCCUUGGCCUUAACUUUUAAGUUGCAAGAAGAAGGCUUCUCAACUGUGGCUUUGCUUGAACGCCAUGAUCGUCAUGGUAACUAGUGGUGUUGAUCUUCCGAUCAGGGAUGGAGUCUGCAUCAAAGCAGACGUGUAUGUUAUAGCGUAUGUACCAUUAUUCCGCUCUACCGUGGGAUGGAUGGAGGAGAGCAAAUCAUUGAGAGGGCUUGACCAGUUAUCCAGUCAUCUGCUUCCGACCCAGCAAAGGAACUCCACUAGAUCUACCGGAUGAUGGGCGAGGCCACUUUGAGAAGUGGUUCUCGACAAGAGGUUUGGGGGUGUCACAGAUGCUGCCAAUGCAAGCCACUGCGAUAGGAGCGGAUCAUAUUGUCCGGCGCCGGAGGUUCUCCUCACCAGAAGACAGUCGAUCAGUGGUGGUGGAACUGGUGAAUGACGGGAGCUGCACACAGGUUUGCUGGUUCGUCUCUGUGGGUUUAAAUGGCGGGAGAUUCCCAAGGUCGUUGCGAAAAAAAUAAAAAGCUGCAACAGGAACAUACAAAAAUAUAUCCCCUCAGAGCGGCUUCCCUCAUAUAUAAAUAUCUACAUAUAUAAACCCACCAUAACCAUGUUCAUCGCCUUCAACGCCUUCGACAUCAUGGCCGUGAACAGAUCGAUCGCCGAGAAGGCAGCAGCAAAUCGAGCACAAGCAGAUAACGAUGCCCUUCUCCUCCUCGGCCUGGAUAGACAGCAGCAACAGCUCACAGCAACAACAACAACAAGGUCAACUAAACGAAACCGACAUAUGCAGAAACAGAGCCUGCGUCGAUGGACAUCUCCUCCUAUUAGUCCCCCCUCGCUCUCACCCUCACGAUCUCAUAUAGAUACGGAGGAACAAUAUCAGCUACAAUCCUUACACGGUUGGUGGACCGCCAUCCAAAACCGAUUUCAUAGGCUCAGCGGCUCGAACGGGCGAUAUUACGCUCUCUGCGACUAAUUUCUUUCUUUCUUCCCUUCUUUCUCCCUCUUUUUUUGCCGUCGAAGAUAACGGAUCUUAAAGACCAAUCUUGCAUAAAUUCUCCCACCCCUAUUUCGAGAACAGAAACAGGUGGCCGGCCUACGUUUGAUUUGAUAUUUAGCCGUUGCCGUCGUCGAGGGAAAAAAAAAAAAAAAAAAAAAAAAAGAAAAAACCCUGGUGUCCAACUGAGAUCUUUCUUUCUUCGCAUCCCAAGCUCUUUUGGUCGGUAUAUUUUCGAUCCCCAUCAUCCCCAGACAGAGAUUGGGCUAGUGUCUCUCUCCCAGCUACUGUACUCUAUCUGGGAUUCUCUACUAUUCAUCUAUUCAUUUUCCUCAGCGCCACUUUUUUUUCCCUUUUUUUUCCCUUUAACUAGUAAAACCGACAUAACAACCGCAGGAUCCGAUCCUCGAGCGAAAAUGAAAGCGCAGGGGAGGGGAAUGCACUCAGCGACAAAAUCGCCAGCCAGCCAGCACCCAAACAAACGAAUGAAACACAAUCUCCGAUGGAAUAUAUAUAACUGUGCCCCUUACCUGGCGCACAUGCUAUCGUGCCAUCGCUAAAGGGAGAGGGGAGAGAAGGGAAAAGCAACAGCGGGAAAAAGUAGCAAACGGGUGAAAAUUUAUAGCUACUUUCUAUCUAUACACAUGCCGAGCCAUUGUAGGAGGUUAGCGGUAGGGAGAGGAAACCAGCGAGUGAUGUUGGUGAUGAUGAUGAUUGGGUGCAAGAGAAGAGCCGUGAGAAUGGAGGCGGAUUAUAUUUUUCCAUGUACAUGUACAUAUACAGUACAUACAUACGUGUAAGGGGAGGGGAGGGGGGAUAUGAAUCUGUAGAAAACUAUCUCCUACAUCCUUCCUAUAUACAUUCUGGAUGGACACAGAACCCUCAGGAAUACUUUAUAUAAAUCAUCAACAGGAUCUUCUCCUCUUGCAUGUUGCAUAAUCACAGCAAUAACAAUCAUGCCUGGUAGAGAUAUAUUCCAUCGCUGGGUCAAUAAAUCAGCUAGCUGACUUUCUCUUGUCUCUGCUUGAUGUAACUGUCAUUUCUCCAUCUCUCAUACACACUCUCAUACACAUUCUCAUACUCGCAGAUAAA